GGAGGAGGAGGGGAUGGGUUGGGCGCACGAGACGGUGGCGAUGGAGGAGGUGCUCGCCCUCGUGCGGAGCUUCGUGGACGUCCUCGUCCUCGCCGGCGGCAGCACCUCGUCCGGCUCCGCCGCCGCCUGGCGCUCCGGUGACGUCAAGAAGGCCUUCCAGUGGGCGCUCUUCUUCGAGGAGGUUUUCAAGAACCUGCGUGACAUUGGUCGGUAUGAUGAUUCCGCAAGAGACCUCGAUGCUGCACUCGUUGAACUCACCUCAAGCCCGAAUUUCCCCAAGGGUAUUGAGGACCUACGGUCAAAAACACUUUCGAGGGCAAGGGAGUUGGUUGUGAAACAUUUUCUGAAAACAACGAGUGUGGAUAAUUUAGGCGCUGUUCUUGAAGCAGUUGUUGAGAUGGAUAUUGAUGGCAUUUGUCCUAGUGGUGAACGCGAUGUGUGCCAAGAGUAUGUGCGGUCAAUAUUGGAUAUGAAUUUGUCUCGUUUGAUGCUAAAAAGGAAUGCCUGUGAUGUUGGACAUCCCCCUAGCUCUGAAAUUUGUGAAGAAUCCUUGUUGGGUAAUUCACAGAUUCUACUUAAAGAACUACAGAAGAAGCUGGAUACAUCAUUGUGUAUUUCUUUGGCUGAGAGAGGGCUGAGCACACUUCUCAAAAGCAUGAAAAAUAACAGCUUUGAUGAUGCAGGGAGCACAUCGUGCACCCCAGCAACUGCUUGGAAAACUCAAAUCAUUGACAAGUUUAUCCUGUGGAAACAAUGGAGAGCAAAGUGUUUGUCAUACUUGCUCAAUGAACGUACCAUUCGGAUUAUUUCCGGAACUAAAUUGAUCUUUAAUGCUCCCAAGGAGCAGUGGAUAGGAUUGUUCGGACCAUUGAAAGUUUCUGCAGAUUCUUAUCAGAGUGGUCUCAUUGAAGUCAUGGAGAUAUGCUUGUUGGGCUUGGCUGCAAGGCAAUGGAACUCAUUGAUAGAGAGCUUCAUGUCACAUACUUUUAGUUUCUUUCCUAUAUCAAAACAGUAUGCUGAUCUGCGCCAGUUGCUUCAAGGAACAGCUCAGGAUGUAUGCGAAGACAAGCUUCUUGGUUUCAAGGAGAUCGAUAUUUUUGAGUAUGUGAGGCAAUCAUUAGAGAGCAAACCGUACAUAUUAUGGCUUCUACCUCCAGUUCUUACUGCUGCAGCAAUGCCACCAUGGUCAAGCUUGUUUAAGAUAUACCUUGUUGAAAUAGAUAAGCAAUUUGAUGAAGCUGCUUCCAUAGACCGAAAAUGUAAGUGCAGAGGAGAUGGAAUAGACCAACAUCAAAACUGUGAAAUCACUGAAAGGAUUCAAUGUCUCUACACAUUCCAUGUUCAAAGAACUCAACUAACAAUUCAGUAGUGGCAGUAGCCAUGGGUCACAGGAGUAUGCACUGCAGUUUCAGAAUUGAAGUGGAUCAUUUGAGGGGUACAUGAAACAGGCCUACAUCAAUUAUGGAUCAGAUACGCAAUGGAAAAGUUCCCCGAUAUCUUUCAUCAUCUAUAACUGUAGUACCAGCACUCUCCGAAGUGGCAUUUCCUAAUUUUUCAGACUAUAGACCAGCCUAUACCGAAAGGGAGCAGUGUGGUAGUUCUAUGAACUCAUUUGGUACUUCUAGUUCCCAGCCUAUGUGUAUGUUAGCUUCCAACUUUACAUCAGAUAUUUAUAUCAAUAACAGUGAGUCACCUGUGGGCAAGCUUUCUUCUGAAUCAUAUGCUAUUGACACCUCUUGUUGUGAUUCUUCCUUGCUGCCAACGCAGUCAUCAUACAA